AUGACUGAAACUCCAUUAAAACAACGUUAUAUGGUUAUAACCUCUUCGUGGGAGGCUGGAACUCGUAAUGCCGACACUUUACAUGAUUUGACUUCUAUUCCACUUUCCACUAUAUACAAAUACAUAAAAAAACUCAAAGAUGAUAUUCCUUUGAAUCCUCUACCCCGAUCUGGCAGGCCAAAGAAACUUUCUCCUAAACAACGUCGUCAUCUCGGUCAACUCGUCUCAGUAAACAAAUUUUCUACAAGUACUGAAUUUGCAAAUAUUUUAAACGCCCAUAAUCCUGACCUAAAUGUCAGUAAUCGGACGGUGCUCAAUGAACUUCAUAACAUGCAAUAUCGCGCCAAUUCCGCGGCCUAUGACCCAAUUCCUCCUGUUUCAACUAAUUUAGCAAACGAUGCUGUAGUAUUGUGUUUUGAUGAAUUUCAAGUCACUGAUAUAGCAGAUGCAAUGAUAUUAAGACGUUUGUUCGAGUGUUUGUUUGAGAGAGGUGUAGUUAUCGUCACAACAUCAAACUGGCAUCCUGACGAUCUCUACAAAAAUGGAAUUCAGCAUGAUAUUCCUUUGAAUCCUCUACCCCGAUCUGGCAGGCCAAAGAAACUUUCUCCUAAACAACGUCGUCAUCUCGGUCAACUCGUCUCAGUAAACAAAUUUUCUACAAGCACUGAACUUGCAAAUAUUUUAAACGCCCAUAAUCUUGACCUAAAUGUCAGUAAUUGGACAGUGCUCAAUGAACUUCAUAACAUGCAAUAUCGCAGUACAGUUCCCAAAUCUAUCCCUCUUCUUACAACCAGUCACAAACAAAAUCGAGUAGCAUUUGCCAUAAAAUACAGGAAACAAAACUGGAACAAGGUUAUUUUUUCUGACGAAACUACAUUCCAGAUAUUCCGAAAUACUCAAAAAGUGUUUUACAAGAUCGGUACACAGCCUCCAAUUAAAGCUAUGGUAAAACAUCCAUAUAAAAUUCACGCAUGGGGUGCCUUUUCAUAUCAACAUUAG